AUGGGUGGAUACAAAGAUGCGAGCUGCACGGCGGGUCUUGCUGGGACAUAUGAUGCCUGCGUUCGCGUGGAUGGCAUGGUUGGAAGCGGCACGACCUCAUUGGGGCUGAUCCACUCGGAUCCAGAGAGGGCAGUAGUUUUCCUGGACGCUUUGCCUGCCCAGACAUACACGGGACUUGUUCUAGUGCAUGAUGCCGGGGAGGUGGACGCGAGAAAUAAACAAGUGAUGUGGCGGACGGACAACAUCCAGCUUCGACAAGUGAAACACCAGGUGGACCCGGACAAGACAGGGAGAGGGCGGCUCGGUCAUCGGCCUCGAUGCGAGCGAGGCAAGACGGAACAUGGAUCGCGAAGCGAGGUGUUGAGGCCGGUCGACCGACAGUGA